UCGCCGUGUUGGAUGACAGAUACGUCUCUCAUGAACUUGACAUUUAUCGAACUGAUUAAUUGUAAAGGAUGGGAUCAUCUCCCGCCUCUUGGGCACCUAUCUUCCCUCAAUUGUCUUUACCUGUGUGGACUGCAUGCAGUAAAGCAAAUAGGUUGUUCAUUCUACGGGAGAAGCGGUGUAUGUGCCUUUCCAUCAUUAAAGCAGCUAUUCUUACUGGACAUGCCAAACUUGGAGGAGUGGAUUGGAAUAGAUGAUGAGUGCAUGUUUCCUCAACUCCAUUCUUUGGAAAUCCGUCAAUGCCCUAGCUUGAGGGGCGUGCCUGCUCUGCCUCUUGGUCUAAAUAAAUUGCAUAUUUCUGAUGUCGGAUUGACUGCUCUUCCAGUGAUAAAUCAAGAUUGCGGAAACAACAAUCAAGAACAUUUUCAAGCUCUUGAAAGCUUAAUUAUAGAACAAUGUGAGAAGCUCGAAUAUGUUCCACCAGAGUUUUUUGGAAAGUUCAAAGCCAUAAAAUUCCUGCGUAUAGAAAAUUGUCCAAAGUUGACAAAAUGUGGGAUCUCAGACAUCCAACUGCCGUCCGUACUCAUUAUGCUCACUAUUGGGUCAUGCGGCAACCUUGAGGCGCCAUUGCUGUGGUCAGCAGAUUUAAGCUCUCUUACAUGGUUGGAAUUACUCGAUUGUGCAAGCAUAGCAUCCCUUCCCCCAGCACAAGUGUGUGCACAGUGGACAUUGCUUACACAUUUAAAAAUAAAGAACUGCAAAGAAUUGUCAUCAUUUGGUGGAUUACAAGCCCUUAUAUCCCUCUGGCAUUUAGAAAUUGAAGGGUGUGACAAGCUAACUGAAGUUGCCCUGCUGCAGCCUCCAUUUCCAAACAAUGUCGGCCAAAAGAAUGAAGUGGACUGCCUUUUGAAGCUUGGUUAUCUAUCAGUUGACCACCACGCGCUCCUGCUCAUGGAGCCACUGAGAAGUCUCUCCUCCAUUAGCUGGUUGAUUAUCUCUGAUGCUUCGCAGCUCAUCACCUUACCAGAGGAAUGGCUACUGCAAAAUCACGCUGCCCUCAAAUUUUUGAGCAUAACGAAUGCAGCCUCCCUUCAGUCCCUACCCCAGAGCAUGACAGAACUAUGCUGCCUAGCGAGUUUCGGUGUAACUAAUGCUAAUCUCAUCCAGUCACUUCCAGAUCUCCCUAAUUCACUACGCACUCUCUGCAUCACCGGGUGUCACCCUGUGUUGAAGGAGCGAUGCGAAGAGAAUAUAGGCCUUGAUUGGCCCAAGAUAGCCAACAUCCCUAAUGUGAGGAUUUAUUAGCAUUU